AUGUCGAAAAAUUUCUUUUUAUUGUGCAUCAUCUUCCUAGUUUGCACUUCAAUUUUGGAAGGUGCAUCUGCAGCCAAUACCAAAAAGGAUACAACAGCGGAUCCCAUUCAACAAACUACAGCGGCUCCGAUUCAACAAACUACAGCGGCUCCCAUUCAACAAACUACAGCCGCAGCUGCCGAUACAACCAAAGACAAUGGAAAUGGAAAAAAGACGGAUACAACAGCCGCUCCCAUUCAACAAACUACAGCCGCAGCUGCCGAUACAACUGCCGCUCCUAUUCAACAAACUACAGCCGCUGCUGCCGAUACAACCAAAGACAAUGGCAAUGGCAAAAAGACGGAUACAACUGCCGCUCCUAUUCAACAAACUACAGCCGCAGCUGCCGAUACAACCAAAGACAAUGGCAAAAAGACGGAUACUACUACAAUUCCCAAUCUAGAAACCACAACCGCAGCUGCCGAUACAACAAAAGACAAUGGCAAAAAGACGGAUACAACUGCCGCUCCCAUACAACAAACUACAACCGCAGCUGACGUGACUACAAAAGACAAUACCAAAAAGGCGGAUACAACUACCAUUCCCAAUCAAGAGACAACAACUGUAGCUGCUGAAACAACCAAGGACAACACCAAAAAGGCGGAUACUACUACCAUUCCCAAUAUAGAAACCACAACCGCAGCUGCCGAAACAACCAAAGACAAAACCAAAAAGGAGGAUACAACUACCAUCGCCAAUCAAGAGACAACAACUGUAGGUGCCGAAACAACCAAGGACAACACCAAAAAGGAGGAUACAACUACCAUCGCCAAUCAAGAAACGACAACUGUAGCUACCGAAACAACAAAAGACAAAACCAAAAAGGAGGAUACAACUACCAUCGCCAAUCAAGAGACAACAACU